AUGUACUACGAAAACCCCGCGAACCGCUCACCCACCGCGCAGCGACAAACCUCGCUGCACCGCCAGAACUCGCGGCCGCAGUUCGAGCCACCAUACGCUCAUCUGCCCUCGGGCCUCUACACUGCAGAGGACCACGCAGCCGCCAACUUCGGCGGAAAUCGCUACAACGACAUGCGCAACGCAACCGUGGGUGGCUACGCGAAUGCUUACGACAUGGGCAAUCAGUCGUGGAACACCGCCGCGUUUGCGCAGAAUAACACGCUGAACGGCUUGGGUGGUGCUUCGGGUCUCCGAAAGCCUCCCUCGAGGGGUGGCCGCUCUGGCCUGCCCUCUGCUUGGCUGGAUCAGCAGCAACCAAUGCACAUGAGCCCCUACGCUGCACUACCGCCUCUGGGACAAGGAAUGGGCCACCAGGACAUCUCCGAGCCGGACGAGGAGCUCAUUCCCACUGCCAUCGUCAUCAAGAACAUUCCCUUCGCCGUCAAGAAGGAACAGCUGGUCCACAUCAUGACCGAGAUGGGCCUGCCACUGCCAUACGCCUUCAACUAUCACUUCGACAACGGCGUGUUCCGAGGUCUUGCGUUUGCUAAUUUCACGAAUCCAGAAGAGACGGCGACUGUCAUCGAUGCCAUGAACCAUUUCGAGCUUAAUGGGCGAAAGUUACGUGUCGAGUACAAGAAGAUGCUGCCAGCUGCUGAGCGUGAACGGAUCGAGCGCGAGAAGCGUGAGCGGAGGGGACAAUUGGAAGAGCAACACCGACCCAUGGCACCACAAUCUCUUCAAACACAGGCCUCGGCCUCAUCGCUGUCUUCACGUGUGCUCAACGCCAGCUCGCCAUCCCCAGUGUCCGCACGAAACCACAAAAUGCCCGAUGUUGACUUGAAUGACCCUCUGGUCUUGCAACACUACUCUAAGCUGCUCCUCUUCAAGGAGGAUCCCGCGCGAGACCUCUUGGUCUUCGCCCCGACCCUCUCCCCGCCGGAGCGACGUAUUGUGCACACUCUAGCACAUCACAUGGGUCUGGGGCACAUGUCCAAGGGCGAAGCCGAUCGACGAGCUGUGCAUGUAUACAAGGAGGGUCGUCCUCGUCUUAGUCCGCCGAUGCCAAACAACCAAGGCCUCCAGACUGAUCAGCGACGAGCUCUGAACCGUGCUGCCACCACCGAUUUCAGUGAUGUCCGCGACAACUACUACGGAGCUGGCGUAUCCAACCUUCGACACCAAGCAUCAGGCUAUCUCACUGGCUAUCACGAGCCUGCUGGUGGUCUUGGUCCCAAUAACCCGCUGCGAUCUGCCAAAUCCUUCGCAGAUUUGCGCUCAUACACUCCUUCGCCAGUGCCAUCGACAGCAAGCUUUCCCGCCGCUCUUAGCAACAAUGUCGCCCGAUUCCAGGAAUUCGGCAGAGACAGCACCCAGUCGAACACACCCACACUGAUGACUCCCACAUCCAGCUUGCCAUCAGAUCCAAAUGGUAUUAUCAACGGGCUUGGCAACAUGAAUCUUGGCGGUCCUGGCUAUGCCGGCAGCCCACGAGGCCUCCGCGGAUUCCCGUCGUGGGACCGUGAGAACCCAGGCCCAAUUGGAAGCAACAGAUCGUUCAGCACCAACUAUGACGAUCGCUCGCAAUCCCGCAGCGCAAUGCAAGGGGGACCUGAGCGCCAACCUCGCGGACCACUCCCGGAACGAGGCAGUGGAUUCCCCCGCAGGCAAAACGGCCAUAUGCAGCGCAAUAGUGACGAGUUGUCCCAGCAGAGCAGCGCUGCGGAGAUUACCGUCGAG